GAGAGUGGACUGAUAAACGGCGCUGACUGUACCGGAUUUCAUACCCCGGAGGAGGGAGGGAUGCUACGGUGAUUUCCCUGUUUAUUCUCCUGACAACCACCACCUCCACCACCACCACUCCUCUCCAUCACUUCUUGGAACAUAUCAAGACUGUCUGUCAUCUUUUUUCAUUGAUUGGUUUGGGGAUUUUUUUUAGCGGAUAAAAAAAAUAAGGACAUUUUGGGGUUUGUUUUUUCUUCUCCGAGCGCGCACUACUAACAGAACAAACUGGGGUUUCCAUCAGUGGAUGUGUUGGACAUCUGAGAGAAGAAGCAGUACUUGUUGAGAGAUCGGCUUGUACGUAUUGGGGGGGAUUUCCUUGGAGAGACGGACGGCUGCGCACGGACUUCAAAAAAGGUCUGUGUCACCGUGCAGAGGAGAAAACCCUCAACGUAAUGAGCUAAAGGCUCUGUGAUCAUACGAUAGAGGGAGUUCACCAAUAAAAAGGACAACAACGACAAGGAAAAGAAAGUCCAUAACGUGAAAGAGGGUGAUGAGGAUCCACACCAGCAGGCUCCUUCUCAGCUAAUGACCUAGGAAGAUCACCAUUUUGUCAGCAAACACAGGAUAUCUGCUCAGUGGGAGCGGCGCUCCACUGAGAGGAAGCAGAAAGUCGGGGGCGCAGUGAAGUGAACGGUCGCGAUGGCGGUGAUGAAGCGGCAGGGCCUGGGGACGCUGAGGGCCUUCCUGCUGUUGGUGGGAAUCUCAGCGCUGUGUAGCGUCGCCUUAGGAACCCGGAGAGGAAAUGCUUCCUUGGAACACAGGGGCCACAGACUCAGACAUUCAGGUCACUCGUCGCUGCACAGACACAGACAGAGGACAGGGAAGGAGGGGCAGGUUCUGCACAGGUCCAAACGAGGAUGGGUCUGGAAUCAGUUCUUCGUCAUUGAGGAGUACACUGGGCCUGACCCAGUUCUGGUGGGCAGGCUCCACUCAGAUGUAGACUCCGGCGUGGGCAACAUCAAGUACAUUCUGUCCGGCGAAGGUGCGGGGACGAUCUUCGUUAUCGACGACAAGACGGGAAACAUCCACGCCACCAAGACGCUGGACCGCGAGGAGCAGGCACAGUACACGCUAACAGCCCAGGCCGUGGACAGAGACACCAACAAACCCCUGGAGCCGCCGUCGGAGUUCAUCGUGAAGGUCCAGGACAUCAACGAUAACCCCCCCGAGUUUCUACACGGGCCGUACUACGCCAGGGUGCCGGAGAUGUCCAAUGUUGGUACGUCAGUGAUGCAGGUGACGGCUACAGACGCAGAUGACCCCACCUACGGUAACAGUGCCCGGCUGGUGUACAGCAUCCUGCAGGGACAGCCCUACUUCUCUGUGGAGCCGCAGACAGGUAUAAUUCGCACUGCACUGCCUAGCAUGGACCGGGAGGCGCGUCAGGAGUAUGAUGUGGUCAUCCAGGCCAAAGACAUGGGGGGUCACAUGGGGGGCCUGUCCGGGACAACCGAGGUCAAAAUCACCCUGACCGACGUCAACGACAACCCUCCGAAGUUCCCACAGAGUGUUUACUCCAUGUCGGUAUCAGAGGACAAAGUGCCAGGGGAAGAGGUGGGCCGUCUGAAGGCCAAAGACCCCGACCUGGGAGACAACGGGAUGGUGAACUACAGACUGAUAGAUGGAGAUGGGAUGAGCAUGUUUGAGAUGAGCACCGACUCCGAGACCAGAGAGGCUGUGAUCAAACUCAAGAAGCCCGUGGAUUUCGAGACGAAGAGGUCGUACACUUUGAAGGUGGAGGGAUCCAACCCUCAUAUCGACCCUCAGUACAUCUCCUGGGGGCCUUAUAAGGACGAAGCCACAAUAAAGAUCUCAGUGGAGGAUGCAGAUGAGCCUCCGGUGUUCGUAGCUCCCAGUUACACGUUUGAGGUGGAAGAAAACGCACCCGAAGGCACCAUGGUGGGACGAGUGCACGCCAAAGACACUGAUGUUGCCAACAACCCCGUCAGGUACAUGAUCCCUCUGUACACAGAUAUAGAGCAGUUCUUCAGCAUAAACCCAGAAGAUGGCAUGAUCACCACAACCAGACCACUGGACAGAGAAGCACAGGCCUGGCAUAAUAUCUCUGCGUCAGCCACGGAGAUCGGAGGACACCACCAAGACACCAAAGUACGUGUGAACAUCAAAGUGAAGGAUGUGAAUGACAACGCCCCAGAGUUUGCCACCAACAACGAAGUCCUCAUGUGUGAAACUGUUGCACCAGGGAAGGUGAUCGAAACUGUAAGCGCCGUGGACAAAGACGAGAUGGCUCACAGACAACACUUCACCUUCAGCCUCGCUCCGGAAGUCAGCCACAACCACAACUUCUCCCUGAAAGACAACAGAGACAGCACAGCCAGCAUCUAUGUGCUCCGUAAAGGCUUCAGCCGUCUGACCCAGGAUGUUUACUACCUUCCCAUCGAGAUAAACGACAACGGCAUGCCCUCUAUGAGCAGCACCAACACCCUGACCAUCCGAGUGUGUUCCUGUGACAGCAGAGACACCAUCCUGUCCUGUAACGUGGAGCCGUACGUCCUCCCGGCGGGCCUCAGCACCGGGGCGCUGAUCGCCAUCCUGGCCUGCAUCGUCAUUCUGCUGGCAAUAGUUGUGCUGUUUGUUGCGCUGAGGCGUCAGAAGAAGGAGCCAUUGAUAGUGUUUGAAGAGGAGGACAUCAGGGAGAACAUCAUCACAUACGAUGACGAGGGAGGCGGGGAGGAGGACACGGAGGCUUUCGACAUUGCUACACUGCAGAACCCAGACGGUGCCAAUGGUUUCCUGCCAAGAAAGGACAUUAAACCGGAGCUCCAGUUCCCCCUCAGGCCCGGCGCCGGCCACACUGGGGCCAACAGCGUCGACGUUGAUGACUUCAUCAAGACCCGGAUUGCGGAGGCCGACUGCGACCCGACCGCCCCUCCUUACGACUCCAUUCAGAUCUACGGAUACGAAGGCAGAGGGUCUCUGGCGGGGUCGCUGAGUUCCCUCGAGUCUGUCACGACCGAGUCUGACUUGGAUUAUGACUAUCUGCAGAGUUGGGGGCCGAGGUUUAAGAAGCUGGCGGAUUUGUACGGGACCAAAGACUGCUUCGUCAACGAUGAGGAUGAAGAGGACUCUUAACAGUGGUCUUACUGAGUGGACGCCCCCCCGACUUCUGAUUUAUUGAUUCCAUGAGGAUUUGUUAGCUGAGGGUUAACAUUCCCCAGCACCCGAUUGUUACCAACUCCAACCUGAUCAGUACAUGCCAAUGUGUCAAUGGACGUUCCUUUCCAUGGUCCUCCAAGACGAUUUGUUAAUGAACACGUAAAGAACGCUUGGACUACGCCACCACUUUUUCCCACAUGUCUCCAGUGUGUCUCUUUCCCUUUCUACAGACUCGAGCAUCGCAGGGCUGGGAGAUUUGUAAUGUCACCAGUUUGAAAGUAAAAUGUUGGGGAAGAAAUGUUGCUGUGAGAUCAAAAAGACCUGCUUUUAGCGAACCGUUUAGUUUCUUAGAGGUUCCACACUUUUCUGGACUGGAUUGACGUAGGUCCUCGAUGGAUCCCCGGAGAGAUUUUACCUUGACUUGGGGUAUAUUUCGAGGAAGGUAGCUCAUUAAAAGAAAAAGUUAGUAUGGGAUCCAGCAAUUGCCUGAUGUUACGGAAGAGAAAUAAAAAGGAAGUGUUUGUGUGUCGGUGGGGGUGAUAUCAAAUGCUUUUUCAAAUGUGUUGUUGUGUGUGCAGAGUCAGCAGGUACUGUGGUUUAGAUAGCGUGACAGACUCUGGGUUGUUGAUACUCUGAAGGCGCUCGCAGCAUCUUCACAGUAUGGUGGCCUUAUAAUAAAUAAACAACAACUCCAGGGGUAAACACAACAAGAGAAACAAUAGAGACCGCUAGCUUAAGUAGCGACACGCAGACAAAGGAACUCACGAGGACUGUCUGAGUGUCUGUGAACACGCUACCAAUCCCUUUCUCUUUUUUUUUUACACUCCCAAAAAGACUCAACAUGGAUUCGAUUUGUGGAUAGUUUUUCAUUCUUCACUGCAGAGAAGACGUGAAAAGAAAAAAGCUGCCCUUCUCCACGCCCCCCUUUGUGCCCCCCCCCCCCAUCCCUCCCAUCAACAAUCACUUCCAAACACCGAGUCCACCAAUGAAUGAUCACUUCCUCAUUCAGAGUCCACCAAUGAUGAUCAAUCAGUAAAAACCUGUGAGCUCUAAAAAUCGCCUUAAAGUUAACGGACACUCUUGCAACGCAGUGCAUUGUCUUUUCGUUCUCCUUUUUGUUUUUCGUUUUGAAAAGUAUAUCCAGAAAGCAAACUAUUCUCCAUGUUAGGUGUGUACAGAGCGGUGUGCAGACAUGUGAUGUAUCACUCUGAGGAUCCAACGUGCGCCUCGUGCACUCUUGAAACAGGAUGUGGGGGUUUCUGCCGGCACGGUACAUGUAGACCGGGAAAAUAUGCCGUUGUGUUUUUUCCUCCAACACCAGCCAUGUUGGCGGCAACAGCUGUUGUAUCAACACGUGUUGCUGGUCAGACGUAAAAAAUGUGCAGCCUGGAAAAAGCCCAAGGUGUGUUUCCGGAGCCAUGUAUACAGAGAGGCUGAAACCAGAACAUCCUUUUUAACCGUGCAGGAUCAAUCUCUUUUUAAUGUUAUUAUAUUAUGAUUAUUAUUGUUGUUUUUAUGAUUAUUAUUGUUGUUAUUAUCAUCAUUAUUAUGACAAUAACUGUUCUUUCUUUGGCUGCAGCUGCACGGGAACAAGCUCAUGUUUAACUCUUUUGCUACGUUUUUUAUGGUUGUUGAAAAAUGAGACUACAUUCAUUCUUGGACAGCGAUAAGAAAUAUAAAACCAAAAGUUAAAUAUCAACUUCACCUGUGAGCAAACGACCUCUCUCAUCUCUUUCGUCUCUUUAUUUUGUUCCAUUAUUUGGCGUUUCUUCGCUCUUCCUCCCCGUUCAAGAGGAAAACUAGCAAUCUGUGUUUGUUGCAGUGAGAGAACGCCUCCUUUUUAUUCUCUGUCAAGUUUUAUGGUAACGAUUUGUACAAUUUUAAAAGUUCUUAUUUUAGUAUACAUGCAGAAUAUUCCAGUAUUACAACAAAAAACAUGUUAAGAAGAUAAGAUUUUAAAAAAUGUUACAGCAUCACACUUAUAUUUUCAGAACAUUGUAAUGUUGCUUUACUAUGUGCUUCAAUCUCCGAAGCGAAAAAAAAACUUUGAAAUAAAUGCUCUUUUUAUAAAAUGAUA